GCAGUAUUCGUUAGACAGUGCUACGAGUGCGUGCGUACGCGCGUUUUGCGAUGUACAGAACGUUGAGAAAAAUGGCGUCAAAAUGACGCCCUGACUCCGAUCUUAUAUACAGGAUGGCCAACUUAACAGCUGCCGCAACAGAAGAAUCGACAGGAAGAGGUCCGGCAGCAUCCGCCUCGGCCGAAACGUCUCUUCGAAAUGUUGCUCGACGAGCAAAUGCUUUUUCUCUUCCCGGUAUCGGCCUGUCGAAUGCUCGCUCGCUCUUCAUUUUCUCCGAGGACAACUUUAUCCGCAAAUACGCCAAGACCAUUAUCGAAUGGGGAUAUCCUUUUUGUUCAGUUGUUCGCUUUUAUAUAAUUUACAUAUUUAUACACAGCAGUUACUAAGUAUGAGUGUGGAUGUAUAUAUAUAUAUAUAUAUAUAUAUAUAUAGACAUAUGUAUAAAUAUAUACGUAUAUACAUAUAUACAUAUAUAUAUAUAUAUAUAUAUAUAUCUACUUACGUUUAGUGUAUAUGAGGAGCGGAAAGGUUAAUAUGUAUAUACAGUUAUGUACUAAGUGUAUAUAUAUAUAUAUAUAUAUUCAAUUUAUACAAGCUUUGUAUAUAUUUAUAGCCAGAACAUUCAUGUAUAGAUACGGCAUGUGCACAUAUAUGUGGAUAUAGUUUUGGGUAAUUCAUGCAUUCCAGAACGUGUCAUUUUCAAACGCGCACCUGUUGCAGUGUAUAUCGAUUGGCUUGCCUCUCGCAUAACGUUCUAAUUACUCUCCGCGGUUAUCCGUUAAACGUUUUUCAAAAUAAAAAGAAGCUUAAGUUCUGCAGAGCGCUCGCCGUCCGAUAUCGAUCGAACGCUAGCAGUUUCAGCCUUCUUUUUAAAAUAUUCAUACCAUCGCCCAUUCUAUUGGCCUAUUUAUUCUUAUCUAUCCUGUUUUUUUCUCUUUUUGCUCCUAGACCCCUACAAUAUACGUUUAUAUAUAUUUGAUGACAUGCGUUUGAUGCACAAAGCGUGUUUUCAUUCUAAUAUUUCAUUUAUAAUAUUGUGUGUCUGGUGAUUUUGUGUACAAACAUUCGUAGAUGCAUGGCCGUUUGUAGACGAACAUUUAGACGCUUACGAACGCUUACGUUUCUAGACAUAAUUUUCAUUUUUUAUAGUUGGACUAUAUAGACUAUUCAUAAAAUGUAUACAUAAUUUACUGUAUAUAUACUCUCAAUGUAGUAUUUUACUACGAUUUUUCUAUUGUAAUUAACCUUAACUUCGGUGUAAGCCUUUCGAAUAUAUGGUGCUACUUACAAUCAUCGCCAAUUGUAUCGUUUUGGCUCUCGAAGAACAUUUGCCGAAAGGGGACAAGACCGUUCUUGCCAUACAAUUGGAGGAAACUGAAGUGUACUUUCUAGGAAUUUUUUGCGUGGAAGCUUUACUGAAGAUAGUUGCUUUAGGAUUCGUAUUGCAUAAAGGAGCUUAUCUUAGGAACGUUUGGAAUAUAAUGGAUUUUAUAGUAGUAGUAACCGGGCUGUGUUCCCUCUUCAUUCCGAGGUUUGAUCAGGCUGCUCUGCGGGCUAUCAGAGUAUUAAGGCCUCUCAAACUGGUGACAGGCUUCGAAAGUCUUCAAGUUGUGCUCAAAUCGAUCAUCCGAGCUAUGGCGCCGCUGGCUCAAAUCGCCCUCUUGGUGCUCUUCGCCAUCGUCAUCUUCGCUAUCAUAGGCCUAGAGUUUUACAGCGGUGCUUUUCACACGGCCUGCAGAUAUGAAAAUACAUCGAACACUCAUAUGGAAGAUGAAUUUGAUUUGGCGGGCGAAGAGAAUGUUACACCUUGUAUGCAAUCGACGAGCAGCAAAGAGAAGUCUGUAACUGGUUUUGUUUGUCCGGAAGGAUCGAGAUGUCGAUCUUAUUGGGAAGGGCCAAAUUACGGAAUAACGUCAUUCGAUAAUAUAGGAUUCGCUAUGUUGACCGUUUUUCAGUGCAUUACUAUGGAGGGUUGGACUUCCGUUCUCUAUUAUACGAAUGAUGCCGUAGGACCGAACUUUACUUGGAUUUACUUUUUCCCCCUGAUUAUUCUUGGAUCAUUCUUCAUGCUUAAUCUCGUUCUCGGUGUUUUAAGUGGGGAAUUCGCUAAGGAAAGAGAGCGUGUCGAAAAUCGUCGAGCUUUUCUGAAAUUACGCAAGCAACAGCAAACUGAACGAGAACUAAAUGGUUAUUUAGAAUGGAUCUGCAAAGCAGAGGAAGUCAUAUUGAAUGAAGAACGGACAAGCGAGGAGGAUAAGGCGAAAAUAAUGGAAGCUCGAAGGAGAGCAGCUACGAGAAAAAUGAAACGGAUUAAAGAGGGUAAAGAUACAGAUGACUUAGAAGCCGAUGACUACGACGAGGAAUUGUUUGCUGACAUGGGUGGUAGUCCGUUUUCUCGCCCUGGCUACGGGGUUAAAUCUAAGCAGAAUAAGGGAAGCUGCGCUAGAUGUUGGAGAGCUGAGAAAUCGUUUAGAUAA